AAACCACUCUGCUUUAACAGAACAAAUGGCGGCGAAAACAAGCAUUUGAAGAAUUGGUCCAAAAAUAUCAAGGAAAAAGUCGUUAUUUUGUGAACGACAAAGUUUUUAGAAAUGGCUUCGGCUCUGGAAAAUUAUAUUAGUAAAACAGUGUCUAUAGUGACUGCUGAUGGACGAAUCAUUGUGGGUACUUUGAAAGGUUUUGAUCAGACGAUUAACUUAAUCUUAGAUGAAAGCCAUGAAAGAGUGUUUAGCUCUACUUCUGGAGUUGAACAAGUUGUAUUAGGACUAUACAUAAUCCGUGGUGACAAUGUGGCGGUGAUUGGUGAAAUAGAUGAUGAUGCAGAUUCUUACUUGGACCUAAACAGCAUAAGAGCAGAGCCCCUUAACCCUGUAGUGCAUUAGGAAACUUAACUUUCAUCAUGUAAAUUUUCAUAACCAUUUCAAAACAAAAAACAAAAAUUUAAAAAAAACCGUUUUAUUUUCUUUUAUCAUCA